AUGGCCUACUCGCUCAUAAUCAGCGCGUACCCUGACUCGGCCGUAUCUGUCGAUGUUUUGGACCGGGUCAAUGCCGAGGUAAUUGCAGGCCAGGAUGUUCUUCGCAAUUUAACCCCUGACAGCGGUAUUUAUGUCAACGAGGCCACGAAGAAAUACGAUCCAGAUGUUGUCCUGUACGGCCCUGGGUUUGUUGGAAGUGACUAUUGGACUGUGGCUUCUGAUGGCAGGUUAUGCCAGGCCACAGAGCUCAGCAAUAAUUAA